AUGCUUAAUCGGGGAGUCCAUAAUACACUGGGCAAGAACCUUGAACUGACCUCUUAUCUGGAAAGAUGCAUCACACGUAUUCAGUUUUUGAAGGUUGCUGAGUUGAAGCUGCUGUGUAAGUCGAUGGAGCUGAAGAUUUCCGGUAAAAAAGCGGUUUUGCAAGAGAAUGUCACAAACUAUAUCAAGAUGAUGGUGGUGGAGGGUAAAGAGGAGGGUGCUACAGCAGUGCUUAAAGCAACAAAUUACUUGCUCGAUCGUUUGAACAAGAGUGAAGCUAUGCCACUAUUUUACCCCCUGUAUCACAUAUUCCGACUCGGAAAUGACCCACGGAGCUUACCGCACAUUAUUGUCCCUCAAACAUCUAAUGAUAAAAUUUCCAUAAGCAGAUCGCAACAAGAUGAUUUUGAUGAUAAUAAUAGUAGAGGUAGUAAAAAAAUGACAACGCCUACGGAAAUCAAGAACCCUCUUCUUAACAAUGGUCUACAUUUUAAGGAAUCACCUUUCUUUAAAUUGAAGAAAGUUAUACCGGAAUCUGCACAGAAAGUGCUUGUUAAUUCAGGGAGGGGAACAUGCAAGAUCAGUUUUCGUUUAUCGCAUGAUGAUUAUGAAAUGUUGGUGGCCAGCGACUCCAAGUACAAGCUGUACUUAUUUUGUGGAAUGUACAACUCACUUCUGAAUUAUGAUAAAAGAAGAGAAGAACCCAUCCAGUUCCCAAACCCUAACGAGAUACAGUUUAAUGGAGCUACGAUCAAGGAUAACGUCAAAGGUCUUAAAAGCAAGAAAGGGACCGCGAAGCCUGCAGAUUUAACACCUUAUAUCAAUGCACCGAAUACGGCCAACUUUUUCCAAAUGGUAUACGCAUGCACUUUGAAUGAAUUUCUAGUGUAUAUUUAUAUCGUGGAAACUUUCACCCCUGAGCAGCUUCUAACAACCGUUCUAAAGCAACCCAAAAUUAUCAAAAACGCUACCCUGUAUUACCUGAAGAAAACACACUUUGAUAGCGACAACGAUGAGCUAGUGGCAACUUCCAGCGUAAUGAGUUUGCAGUGCCCAAUAUCGUAUACGAGACUGAAGUACCCGGCAAAGUCAGCAAAAUGUAAGCACAUGCAGUGUUUUGAUGCACUCUGGUUUCUGCAUUCGCAAAUACAACUGCCGACUUGGCAAUGUCCUGUCUGUCAAAUCCCCUUGUCUAUUAACAAUCUUGCGAUAUGCGAAUACGUCGAUGAGAUACUCAAACAAUGCCCAGAAGAAACGGAACAAGUAAGAUUGUUCCGCGACGGCUCCUGGGAGGUUGUCAAGGAAAGUGAUUCCCAACAUGAUGGUACGACAAAUCAUCACAAACGCGAUUCUGAUGAUAGAUCUGUGUCUCCAAAAUCUCCUUUUUUGUCAAAGGAGACAGAAGAAGUGAAGAGGGACAAAAGUGACGCGGUGGUGAUAUCGUUAGAUAGUGAUGAAAGCGAUUACGAUAACGAUCCGGUAAAUACCCAAGGAAAAGAGGCGGCAAUACCCCCGGGUACACCAUCCAUGGGAAUGUUCUGUGAUGGGGAAGCAACUGUUACAUUAGAUCCCAAACAUAACAAGCGGAAAACAGACACACCUAUUUCGACUGAUAAAAACGAAAGUAGCUUCUCACAUUCAGCAUCGCAAAGAGGGAGAAGGUCGGCUGGGCUGCUCAAUGGGACACCAUUGAAUAACGGUGGCGAUGCUAGCGAGCUCAGUACACCGACGCAAAACAAUACUCCCAGGACGUCAUCAUCUUCUUUUGGUUCUAGACCAAGCAACGUGGAUGGCACAUUCCAUGGAAACUCUGUUGACUCGAGGAACAGAACUCCGGACUUAUCAAGGGUUUUAAAUACCUCAGAAACGUCUCAAAGUACUGUAAUAUUCAAUCCCUUUAUUAACAAAGAUGUUUCAACGGCUCCCAUCGAAGGUUCGUCAACUAUGAAAACGAAAAAUCCAUUCUUAACGAGCAGGUCGGAGCGAAAUAUUCCAUCUAACUCGGCACCCGAACAAGGGAACGCGCGGAAGAGCCGUCUCCCUUCCAACGAACCAUUUGCUCAAACGUCGAAUGCGGACAUUCGUGCAACGCAAAACGACGUAUUUUCAGUUAUUCCACAGGUACCAACCUUGCCACCAUUACCGAACUUACAAGCACUAAAUAAGAAGAACAAAUUGCAAAAUGAUAAGUUAGAUGAGGCUAUGGUUCUAUCCCUUGGUGGUACCGGUCAUAUUAGCUUACCGCAUCCACUGACAACAUCAAAGAAGCCGAUCGUGCCACCUUUUGUGUUCAAAAAAAACCGUAUACGAAUGAGUUGCCGGUUAAACGGCAAUUUUCCGAUAAUUCUGCAUCAUCUGCAUCGCCUGCAUCAUCCAUACUACCGCUUUCAUCUUUCACCAAAAAAUAAGGAUCACAUCGAAAUCCAUACCUGCACGUAA